AUGACAGACCCGUCGGCACUGCAGAUCCAGCGGGCCGUGCAGCUCGCCAAGCCGCCGCGCGUCCGCAAGCUCGUGCCGAUCCUGCGCAUGCUCCUCCUCCAUAUCGUCCUGGUGCCCACAUCGCUCGCAUACCUGCCCUAUGCCCUCGUCCGGGCCCUCGUGCCCUUCCUGCGGCCGGCCCGCGGCUGGACGGCCAAGCAGACGCUCUCGGUCCUGUACACGCGCCUGGCCAUGGAGCUCUUUGUCAUCACCAAGUUCCAGCCCGUGGCCCCGCGCGAGGGUGGCUGGCGCGAGACGCCCGGCCUCAUCGGUGGCCUGCUCUCGCUGCUCAACUACACGGGUCCUGGUGGGCGUGUGGCGCACCCGCGCACCGCGCUCAAGGCUGCCAUGCUGCCGCAGCACGACGAAAAGAAGCGGGGCGACCGUGUCUGGUUCGGCGCUCCCCCGCUCGAGUACUUCCGCGGCAUCCUCAGCAUCAACCCCACCGGCCGCGACGGCCAAGGCCAGGUCACGGACAGCGACAACUACCGCGGCGCACCGCUCGUGCGGCCGGGCGAGGCAAAGAUCCGCACGCGUGCCUUUUGGUUCAUGCCCGGCGGGCCAAAGGAGCACGCGCCCCUGCCGCACCGCGAAAAAGGCCAGGACCGCCAGGUCAUUCUCUUCUUCCACGGCGGCGCCGGCGUCACCUUCUCUGCCGGCGAUAUGUUCAUGGGCCUGACGCUGGCCCGGAACCUGGCCCAGACAUCGGGCUUCCCCGUCUUCUCCGUCGACUACCACCUUGCACCCUUUGGCCGUUUCCCUGUGCCCCUGAUCCAGUGCGUGUCCGCAUACGUGCACCUGACGCGCGACCUCGGCUUCCGCGGCGACCAGAUCAUCGUCGCCGGCGACUCCAACGGCUCCCACCUGGCCCUGCAGAUCGAGCGCUUCCUCCGCCUCGAGGGCGCCAAGAUCCCGUCGCACCAGGCGCAGCGCCAGCGCGGCGAGCCCGACUUUGCCGCCAUGCUCCUCCUCUCGCCCUGGCUGGUGGCCACAAACGACAUGAUGCCGGAGCGCGAGACGAACCUCAAGUACGACAUUGUGCCGCGCACCUACGGCGACUGGGGCGUCAAGGAGAUGCAGUUUGGGCCCUCGCGGCGCACGGGCAUGCAGCUCGACGACCCCUGGAUCAGCCCGCUCCUUCGCCCAGUCGAGGAGGUGGCCCAGAUGCCGCCGACAUACAUUGCCAAUGGCCAGCUCGAGGUCCUCGUCGAAGAGGGCAAGCGCUUCGCGGCCAAGUGCAAGCAGGCCGGCCUCAUCACCCGUUACCACGUCACGCCGCUGGAGCCCCACGACUUUUUCUGCCUGGCUGCCAGUCUGCCCAACGCCAAAAAGGUGUACAAGGACUUUGCGACGUGGGCAAGGCACGAUGUCCUGGCCAAGGCCGGCUACAAGGUGUGA